UAUCUACACGUAUAGCGAAGCGGCAACGUCGCAUCGCUUCCCGUAGCGCAGUAUAGCUUGCGCCUCGCAUGGGGAGGACGCAUCGCUUUUAUCGCUCACUUUUCCAACUUUCCUUUCAACACUACAUUCCUAAUUCUAUUUUUAAAAAAGGGUUUCUUUGCAGUGAAAAUUCCUGAAAAAAAGGUUCUUUGAUAUAAAUCAUUCUUAACUUGUUUUAUGAAUAGGUGUUUUAUUGAUUUUGGAGUAGGUUCGUUGUAGUGUAGAGAUGAAUACGCGUGAAUAUAGAGAGAAGCUGAUAGAUGAAGUGAAAAAAUACCCCGUCUUAUACGACACGAGGCACGAAAACCAUCGCGACAUCGACGUGCGGGACCGCUGCUGGAUGGAGAUCUCUGACCGGCUGGGCGCUAACUGUGAAAUCCUGAAACGUGAAUGGAAAAUCCUGCGCGACUCGCUGCGUCAGUCGCUGCGCAAGAGCAACAAGGGCGCCACCACCAAGGCCGGCGUGCCGUGCAAGAAGUGGCGCUUCCAGAACCGCAUGGCCUUCGUGCUGCCCUACAUGACCAAGCGACGGAAUCCCCGUCAAUUGCGGGAUGACAUCAAAAUAGACGAAACAGAAGUCCAGUCGGAGCAAGAGCAGGACUCCGAGGUGUGGGAUCCGGGGAACGGCAACAGCGACAGCGACUCCUUAGAUUUGUACUUCGCGAGCGUCUGCCAGAGCACCAAGAGGCUGCCCAAGAAAUACCAGAACCAGAUCAAAAGGGAAGUGCUGGACACUCUCCUUAGGAUAGAAGAACAGUAUGAGGCGGAUGAGAGGGAGUCCAAAAUGCCCGUUUCUAAGAUUUACUAAACAUUUUAUGAUAAGGACUGAAAUCAGUUUUUCAGUGAAUUCCGUUAAAAUUGAAAUGAUUGACAGGAGCUUAUAAUAAUUGCUAGUAGCAUGGUGCUAGUGCUAGUAUGAAGGCGGGGAGCCCACAUACUUUAAUUGUGAAGAUAAACAUCGUGAGGAAUGCUGUAUGCCUGAGAGUUCUCCGUGACGUUUUCCAAAGUUUGCCCUUGCUCAGUAGUGAGCCGGUGAUGAAUUGAUGACGAUGAAUGUGUAUAGCAGUAGUAGCUUUAGUUUUAAGGUUUGAUAAUAAAAAAGACUGUUUAUUUAUUCUGUACUCUUAUUUUUGCUCGGCGCAAAAUUUU